AUGUCCAAUACUAAAGACAACGCAAAUGACAUUGAUGCUUCAUCAUUUGCUAGUAUUCUAGCCGGUGUACAGAAAAUGAGAGAGGAUGCUGGAAGUAUACCAUCACAGGACCCAACUCUUGCAGAAGUCAAUCAUGAUACCCAGCCCAACGCGUCAUCGUUAAAUGCAAUUCAACCACCAGCACCGGUACCAGCACCACCGCCACAAACUCACACCAACGUCACAAAUGAAAAAUACCAAAAAGCAACAUUGAAUGAAUCAACUGCAAAACCUAUUCCUCCAAAAAGGAAUAAUAAUAGUGUAAAACCUAGCACGAAGCGAACACAAACUUCUGGGCCAAGUGACAUUCUAGUAUCCAGAUCACAAGAAGGUAAUCCAUUAUUAUCCACACCGAUUAUGCAAGCAACGCCAUGGUCAUUUGACAAGUCUCUUCUCUCGGAUUACUAUAUUAAUCCAAAGUUUCAGAUUAUAUUCUUGACGUUAAAGUACCACAAGCUUCACCCGGAACAUAUUUGGAAUCGAUGGAAAAAACUAAAUCAAGGCUCAUCAACAGUUCAUACGAGAGGCGAUGACGCAUUAAGAGUGUUACUAGUUGUUGUAGAUGUCGAUUCCCAUCAAGACCUAUUGCGUAAGUUACUGGAUUUUUGUAUCAAGCAUGACUUGUCGUUAGUAUUGGCGUGGUCAUACGAAGAGGCUGCUAAUUACAUUGCAUUAUGUAAACAACUAGAUAAGGCACCCCUAAAGGGGAGGAAGAUUAUUGAAGGUACCAAAGGAAGUGACUACAAUUCAAGUGUAGUGAAAGCUUUCACUGGUAUCAAACUGGUCAAUAAAACUGAUGUCUCAAAUCUACUAGCAAAUUGUAAGUCAGUGAAAGAAAUUGUACUUCAAAGCUGCCAAAAUGAUAAUGAUGAUGGUAUUGGACUUGCCAGUAUUCCUGGAUUGGGAGCUAAAAAAUUGGAAAAUCUUAAAAAAGUAUUCCUGGAACCUUUUAUUUCAAAUAAAGAUUAUGAUACAUGA